AUGAGCACUUAUCACAAAUUUGCGCGCACUCUGCGAAACUCACGCCGUUUCGUCCUGGCGUCGGGAGCAGUGUAUGCCGCACUCAAUGUUCGUCUAGUAAAUGAUUUGACCGGGUUUUCUCAACAGUACUCCGAGUCGUCGUUGAGACCGGUGCCAGGGAUUGCGAGGUUCGACUAUCACGUCGUUGCCAGAGAUGAACUAGGCAGUAAUCAUAUACAGUCUAUCUCCACCGGUCUACCAGACCGCUUCUGGUCCUUCUUUGCUCUGUACGACAGCUACAAUGGCGUCGACACCAGUGCGUACCUCGCAGGAAACCUUUUAAAUGCGAUUAUCGGGAGUUUAGCCGACCUUUUCAGCCGAGCGAAGGAGAGCAAGUUCAGCAGCCUUUCUGACCGUUCCGAAGUUGGUCCUGACCCAGCCCCCGACGAGAUUGAUGAAGAAAUCAAGGAGACGUUUAAUCGGCUCGACGACGACAUCGUCAACUUCAGUGCCAUGCUUGCUUCUAAUAACAGGUCUUCUACGCGACAUUUUCCACACAUUUUGGACGCAGCAUACUCUGGGUCCUCCGCUACGCUUGCCUUCUAUGACACAGAGACGCGUGCGUUGCGUGUUGUACUGACGGGAAAUUCACGCGCUAUUUUGGGCCGGAGGGGUCGGGCGGGAGAGUCUUAUCGUCUGGAAGUUCUCUCGGUAGAUCAGGAUGCGACUAAUGCGGAGGAGCUGGCUCGAGUGAAGCGGGAGCACCCUGGGGAGGAGGUGAUAAAAGACGAUACGCUCUUUGGUAUGGCACCAUUUCGGCUAUUCGGAGCAGGGCCGUACAAGUGGUCCAAGGCGGUCCGCGAGAGGCUUUCGUGGUCCGAUGUGAAAGAGAAAAAGACAUACAGCGAUGUGAAGACUCCGCCAUAUUUCACUGCUGAGCCAGUCAUCACGACGACACUCAUUCAACCUGGAGAUUUCCUUGUUAUUGCGUCUCCGGGACUCUGGAAGUCCUUGUCGAACAAGGAAGUGAUAAAAGAGGUUGGGUCAACCCUGCAGUCCAAGAAAAAGAAGCCCUCCGAACGCGCUGUUGUCAGCGAAACCGAAGAGCCGCAAGCCUCGGCUUUGCUGGUGUAUGAUCAAAUCGUGUUUUCUGUGUGGAGACAUUUCGAGGACCAAAAUUUGGCGAGUCGUCUGGUAGACAAGGCUUUUGGUGGUGAGAAUGAGGCUGGAUCAGUGUCGUCUCGGUCGUCUGCUAUAGAUGACAGCAUAAGGUAAUGAAUUUUUCAAAGCCAUAAGACAAGUACUGAAUGCCCAACGUUUCUUGUAGCGAAUCACUGUCCAUUGGAGUCGUUGUAUUUGAGUGAUGUUGAAUGAUGUCUGUAUGCGAGAUACUAUGAUCUAGUUGAUUUUAAUCCAAGCCGGCUGGCUGGCAAUUGCAUGAGCACCUUCAAGACCUUGAGCAUCUACUUAUGUAAAUAAUAGACUAAG